AUGCGUGAAGGGCUGAUGGAAGAAGGCGAACGCCGGAUGAUAGAAGUGCAAGCGAGAGAUUCCAUGCGAACCCUCUUCUGGAUCCCCUUCACCUGGGCGACGAGCAUCGCGCACCAGGCUCGGGACGAGAAUCGGAUCGAGAGCGACACGGGCCUUCGAGGGAUCGUCGACGCCGUGGCUGCCGUUCGUCGGACGUGCGCCCUCUGUCAGCACGUGGAGUACAUUCAAGUCCCGAUCGUCUACUCGCAGGUUCUCUUUCGAAUCGACUCCUCUGCCUGA